AUGGCCACCUCAACAGCUUUAACCGCAACAUACAAUCUAGGAACAAGCGCAACCUCCUCAUCAGCCACUUCCACCAACUACCCUGUAUUUCCCAAUCCAGACUACGUGCAGAAAUUCUUCGUCUCCCAAAAUAGUGGCCUCACAAACCUCGACAUAGACCUAUACAACGAAUGCUACCUACCUUAUAGAAAUCUCCCGCACCAUAGUCAGAAUGCACGCAGGGACACAGAUCUUUCUAUUGGUCAAAACCCUACAAUCGCGCAACCAACGUACCAGAUCGAUCAGGCCCCGUGUAAACGGCAGGCGGCGAUAAAUGCGAACUGCUACUACCAGAACACGAACGGGAAGCUCUCAGGUCUACAGACUUAUUCGGGCGACUGGGAUGCUCAGCAAAAGUGCUUUUGUGAAAUCUAUCCUUUCUUUGAUUCGGCGACUGGUUGUCAGGAGUGUUUCCGGGAUCAUGGUGGUAUUGAAGGCUAUCAUUGGUUUCCGGAGACUUAUCUCUCCGCCGUCUCGAGCACUUACUGUAAUGCCAAUCCCCAAACGACGGGGUUUUAUGCCGUUGCUCAUGAGUACUCGGUUUCGAACAAGGCUAGUGUGCCCACCACUACUGCUAGCGAUAUCUUGGGUACGCAGACCGCUGCUAGUCUUUACUACACCUAUGAAGCUGAACGCACGAAGAAGAGCGCUGCAGUCCACUCCCUGAGCUUGCGACAGUCCCUCGUUGUCGCGCUACCGUUGCUUUUAAUGCUUCUUCAUUAA